GAGCAUCACACUGCUGUCACUAGCGCUAUCGUCCUCCAAUAAAUCUGUAGCACCGUCUUUUUCUUCCUCCAUUGUUGUCAACUGCGUGUCACGACAUUCAUCAGUGGAGAAAGUGCAUGAGAAACCCAGGCCAGGACCAUUUACUACAAUAAUUUAUUGUUUCCAUUCGCUUCUAUGUAAUUGUGCUACACCGACCAUUUGGUUCUUCAAAUUCAAAUAAAACCAUACGUACUUGUACGUACCUACCUACCCAGAAAGCACCAAUUCAUUGCCCUAGUUGACGAGGAGUUUCUUCUUCCAGACGCCAAAAUGGUGAACUUCUCGAUCGAGCAGGUCCGCGCCAUCAUGGACAAGCGGCACAACAUCCGAAAUAUGUCCGUCAUUGCGCAAGCUGAUGACGGUAAAUCCACGCUGAUGGAAUCCAUGGCCGCCAAGGCUGCUAUCACCACCACCGGUGCGGAUGGACAAGAAUGCUGUCUGGAGAAGUCCGCGGUCGUGCCUAUGUACUACGAGAUGAGCGAUGCCGACAUGCCGUUUCUCCAGGAUCAAGAGACGGACGGCAACGCUUUCUUGAUCAACCUGAUCGACUCUCCCGACAACGUUGACCUAGCGGCUGACGUUACAGCCUCUCUCCGUGUCACCGACGGAGCCAUUGUCCUGGUUGACUGCAUCUCCG